CAGGCGCCGCCGUAUCGCACAGGCCGUGCCUACGAGCAAACGGCCCCCGAUGGCGCUCUCCCAGCGGGACUCGGCCAAGCUGGAGCGCGCGGCGCAGUCCAGGGCUGCGGCGGAGGAGCGGGAGGUGGAGCGUCGGCUCAAGGCCGCGCUCCGCACGCCAGUCGACGAGCGCACCGCCGCCGACCUCGCGCUGCUGGAGGCGCGGCCAGAGGAGGCGCGCCGGCUGCAGGCAGCGCAGGAGCGGACUGCAGCGCGCAAGGCGGCCGAGGCGGCGAGCAUGGUGGAAACGGAGGACGACGCCGAAGUCCUCCGCGGCAAGAUCGACGCGCUGAGCGAGAUGCUGGCUGGAGCGCGUCACGUGGUUGUGUACACCGGCGCUGGGAUAUCGACAGCCGCCAACAUCCCCGACUACCGCGGGCCGCAGGGGAUAUGGACGCAGCAGAAAAAGGCGCCCGCGGGCAAGGCCGGCUCCCUCUCCAGCGGCUCUCGCGCCGGCGGCGUCGACAAGCUCGGCGUCACGCCAACCGAGGGCCACAUGGCGCUCGCUGCCCUCGUGCGCGCCGGCCGCGUCGCCGCUGUCGUCUCUCAAAACAUCGACGGCCUGCACAUGCGCUCGGGGGUGCCGCCGUCGGCGCUGACGGAGUUGCACGGCAACGUCUUUCGCGAGCGAUGCCGCGCCUGUGGCCGCGAGUUUCUGCGUGGUUUCGACGUGACAGAGGCGUCUUCAUACCGGCGGCACACCACGAUGCGCAAAUGUGACGACAGCAGCUGCCGCGCGCCACUGCACGACACAAUCGUCUACUUUGGGGAGAAGAUCGACGAGGCGCGACGCGCGUACCCGCACAUUCGGCGAGCUGCGAGGACGCAGCUCGAGUCGGCGCAAGAGGCCGCGGGUCGCGCCGACGUGUCGCUCUUCGUUGGUUCUUCGCUCAAGGACCGCGUCGCGGAGCUCGUCGUGCGCGGCCGCGCAGACUACGUGCUGACCCAGCUGGCUGCGCGGCUCGGCGUCGGCGUUCCUCCGUACGACGCAACCGCUGAUGCCGUGCUCCGCCUCGCGCGCAGAGUGCGUCAACCGAGCCGUUCGGCUUCGGCCGCGUCUCGAAGGCCACCAAGCAAAGCGGCGGCGGCGCCAAGCAAAGCAGCGGCGACGGUGGCGCCAAGCAAAGCGGCGGCGACGAUUGCGGCGGCGGCGGCGGUGGCGGUAGCUGAGCCCGCCGCGGUUGCGGUAGAGGAUGCGGCGGCCGCCGAGGGCGGCGGUGCAGGUGGGUCAAGUCUUGCGGUGUACUGCUGCCGCUGCGGCGCUGUGCUUGAUGACGAGGAGGGCGUGACCGUUCGGCGCGACUCGACGUGCGGUUUGCGAUUCACCGAGAUUGAUCGAGAUGACACGAGGAUCCGUCGCAGGCGCGCCGUCGGCGAGUGCGACGUCGCUGGCUGCGAGCAUUGGGCGUGCUUGCGGUGCGCGGGAGUCAAGGCCGGGUACAGCGGCGAGUGGGCGUGUGGUUGCGCUCAAUGCGGCACGGGUCUGGGCUCUGCAGCACGCCCUCACACGGCGGGUGGUUUGGUUGCGGCGGGAGAGGCGGGUGCAAGGGGGAGUGCAGAGGCGGAUUCUGGAGAGGCCAAGGGCCUGGUGGCAGGGAGGGGGGCGGUGGUGAUGCGCGAUGGCGAGGACCACCGCCGAGGCGCGGAAUCGGGCAAAAUGGACGCGAGCGGCGAGAUGGGGGGAGGCGACAAGGGGGCCAUGGCGGAGGCCAUGGCGGAGGAGGCACUGCCUCCGAAGAAGAAGAUGCGGAUGAAGUUCCUCCCGUCGCUGCCGAUCCUGCCGCCGCCCCCCGAUCGACAAAGAAGUGCCUCGGCAAGGGUGGAGCGGCCCACGUGGGCGGGUUUGAUUGAGCGACAAAUUACUGACCUCGAGCCAGAGAAAAAGUGA